CGAAGGGAGGUUGAAGAAGAAAAAGAAAAAAAAAGAAAGAAGGAAGGCGCGUUACAUCCUGGAGUCCGAUGUUCAGAGUCGUACGAUGGCCGGGGCUCUGUCCGAGAAUGCCCCGAGGCCUGUCAGUGUCGUUGCGGUAGGCGGUGCAACCGUUGACAAUGCGAGGAGCAACCCGAUCAACAGACCGCAGGAAUCGCGGGACAAUGCGCGGUCUUUCACUUCAACGGAGGCGCAAACGGAACUCCCACUGCAAAGUGGUCCAGAGGCGCUGGAGGAUCUGGACGGUGUUCGCAGUGCUCGUCGAAGAGAGAGGCGAUUGCGGAGGCAGCAUCGUCGAGCCUUGAGAUCGUGCUCGAUGCCACCAUCUUAUCCUGGAACGUCGGCGGGAUGUCAGGCUACCUCCACAGCGCCGGGUGUACCGCUGGUCACUCCCACCAGGGGAUUCCUGCAUCUUCCACCGCCUCAUCUGGGUCUCAGGGGCCUUAGUCUUGGACUACCGUUUCCGGUCUCCACCAGCGUGUCUGCUUUUGGCCGGCCAGGCAUAGAUAGAAAUAGGCGAAACACAAAUUUGCUGAAGGCCACAAAGCAUUUCAAAGAAGCACACAUUUCAGUCAAAAAGAUAAAUCUGAACAAAAUUACAAGGACGCAGUACCGAAGCAGUGUUGCGGCCUCGGUUCCCCUCCUGUGCGUUGGUCCAUACUGGGUGUCGGCGUGGUGGGCCUGGUGUGCGCGGGUGCUGGUGCUCUGCUGGGGGCCCUCAGGGCUUCUGGCCGCGAUCACAUCGCUGUUGCGCUUCUCAUGAUCGGUAUAGGAGUGGUUCUGGUAACUGUGAGCGCUGUAGCGUGGCGAGUGACCAGUCGAGAAAAUUGUGGCAGUUUCUUUGGUUUCACGGGGAUCUCGAGCAGGAUCCCGCCGGCGAGGCCAAUUCAUCCGUACGCCGCCAUGAUUUAUCCGGAAUUUCAAUUUAGAACGCCACCGCCGAGUUAUCAGGCGAGCAUGCAAGAGUACAGGCUACGACUGCUCCUUCUGGAUCGACUGCAGCCAACGUCCUCGCCUCCGCCGACCUACAGAUCGAACGCUGGAAGCAUUGUGACCCCCGGCACGACGAGAGAAAGCAGACCGCCGAGCUAUUGCGCUAGAUCAAACAUCGCGUCGAACACGAAUGUUACGCCGUCGAAGAAAGACGCGAAUCUCGUUAGGAUCGUUCAGACAGAAUCUGAGCCGGUGAUUUUGAGCGGCGAUCAAACACCCCCAGUGGCGGCUGUCGAGGUUCUCGCGCAUCUC